AUGGCGAACGAUAUGGUGAGCAAGAUGGCAUGUUUACCUGUGAUGAAGAAACCAGUUAUAUGCUUGCCACAGUCAUGUUUAUGUCCCUCUGGGAGUCAAACAAAACAGGACGUGCAAAGGGUUGUCACUGAUGCCAUAUCCGCAGGGCCCCCAGAACCAGGUCCCCUGCACGUGGCUUCUCUGUUGCAGAAAUUGCCGGUCAAGACCCCGACCCACCUCGCUCAGCUGCAGCAGCCCUGGAGCCGGCUCAGCUCCACCCCCACAGCCACUUCCCUGAGGCAGGACGCCUACUUUUUUGAUCCCAAGAUCCCGAAGGAUGACCUGGACUUCCGCUUGGCCACCUUGUACGACCACCACACUGGGGCAUUCAAGAGCAAAAGUGAGGUACUGCUGCACCAAGAGACUGCCCAGAACGCCCCGAGAAUCACUAGGAUCCAACUUCCUGAAGAACCUUCAGCUCCUUCCCUUCCACCCUCCAUUUCUGGGGCUAACAUCAUACAGUGGAUCAACCCCAAAAAGGAGUCCGUCCACAGCACCCAGGGAUCCAUAGUGUCCCCUCACACCGCAGCCACCAACAGAGGCUACUCCCGAAAGAACGACGGCGGCUUCUUCUCCACCUAGUGAUGACAGGCCCCUGGACUAAUGAGUGUAGACCCACCUGCCGCCACCUCCAUUAAACAGAUUUGUGUGUGAUGAA